AUGCUAUCGAGGUCCCAUGGUGUAGUGGUUAGCACUCAGGACUUUGAAUCCUGCGACCCGAGUUCGAAUCUCGGUGGGACCUACUUCCUUUUUACCUAAAUUUAAUUUUAAUCUUUAUUAAAGUAAGAAGAUCUACCAAGUUUGGAGGAAUGAAAUAAACAUAUAGAAGAAAACAUUUAAAUUCAGCUCAACUCUCAAGGAAUAAAUUUGGAAAAAAGUUUCCUUUGAAGCUCAGUUUUUUGAUUAGUUUUUCAAUAUAUGUAUCUUCUUUCUGAAAUUUUUUUCAUAAUUUCAAAACUUUUUUUAGAGAAAAAAAGCAGCUCUCUUAAAAUCUUCCAAACUCUUGCUUUCAAGUUUUUCCUGUUUGAUUCAAACCUCGUCUCCUAUUAAAUUUAUUCAGAAACUAUUAUGUAGUUGAUCACAAAAAUGGUGUCUUCUUGGAGAAUAAUGUUUUUAGAAGUAUAAAAACAACGAACGGAAAAAGAAAUGAUCACACGUGGAAGUAUAUAAAGGGCGGAGAAGGCAUUUUAGGAAUUCUUCCAGAUCGACUCUUCGCAACGGUAUUUACCGCUGCUAUCAGUAGUCGAUAGGUAAUACCGUCGCAAGCUUCGCUUUCAACUUCGGUAUUGUUCCCGAAACGACAGAAUCUCAUCUGACACUCACAGACACAAUCUUCUUCAUCUCCGACGAUGACGACUGUUAAUGAAACAAACUCCGACGAAGAAAAUUUCACAUCGGGUGGGUUUCCAACUGAUUUUUCUGUGUGGAGGCGGUUAUGAAGGUCUGAAAAAACGUAGGCUCAUUCCAGGAUUCUCAGGCUCGGGCUCGCUCUCUCCUCCGGAGCUGAGCACGGCAGGAACGCGAUCGCCGCCUCGCAGUUCCGGCACGAUGUCGCCGCCCGUUGGAUCCAACGGCUCGAUGUCUCCGCCGCUAGAUUCGCACGGCUCUCUGUCGCCGCCGGCCUCCUACGGCGAAGAAGCGGCUGGACGCUACAAUGAGUCGCCCAGAGACCUUUCACCGCUUUUGCUCUCGGUCUGAACGUCUUCUUGACCUUCGGAAUGAUUUGGUUCAGGAACUGGCUUGCAUGAACAUGCGUGAGAUAGUGGCGAGGCCUGGCGUCGGCACCAUAGGUCGCCAGAUUCCCGUCAAGGCCAACUUCUUCGAAAUCGGUCUGAAAAAUCCGAAGAUGGUGGUUAUUCAGUACCACGUCGAGGUUCACCAUCCAGGCUGCCGCAAGCUCGACAAGUUCGUGCCAAAUUAAAAUUCUCUGUCAAAUGGAAAUUGAAGCUUGAAGUUUGCAAUAUUUUCCGAUUUCACUCAAAGCUUCUCCGAAGCUCUAGGUGAAGAUCCUACAUAAUGGCUAGCUCUGAUGUAAGCAUUUGUAAAAAAUAUUAUUUUUCAGUUUUUUUUUUCUGGGAGCACUGUUGAUGCGGGCUUUGCUAACUUUUGUAAAAAAUAUAGUUUUGUGGAACCAGCCAAUAUGACGGAUCUUCACCCAGACCUUCCGAGAAUGUUUGGAUUUUUAAGAAACCCACUUGAAUGACCAUACAAGACAAUCAAAACUUCGAAAAAAAACUCAAUAAAGAAAUUUGAACAGUUUUAAUUGAACUUUUCCAGAGAUGAAAUGCGCAUUAUUUUCUGGAAAGUCGUCACGGACCACCCGGCAAUCUUCCGCAAUCGCUUCGCGCUCGCCUACGACGGAGCUCACCAGCUCUACACAGUGACUCGUCUCGAAUUUCCAGAUGACAAAGGCUCCGUAGGGCAAUUUUUUCUUCUUUAAAGUACCUCCUCACUUUUGCAGGUGCGUUUAGACUGCGAAGCGACUCUGCCCAAAGACAAUCGAGACCGAACUCGCUGCGCCGUUUCAAUCCAGGUAUACAAUUCUUUGAGGAGUUUUUUGAUAAAAAUUUUGAUUUUCAACUUCAGAAUGUCGGACCGGUGCUUCUGGAGAUGCAACGUACCCGCACCAACAACCUGGAUGAGCGUGUUCUGACGCCAAUCCAGAUUCUCGACAUUAUCUGCCGCCAAUCGCUCACCUGCCCACUUCUCAAGUUUGAUUUUUUCUUUAUUGGUUAGGGAUUUGAAAAACAUCCUCUAAUUUCAGUAUGGUUUUUUUUUUUGAUUAUAAUUAGUUUUAAAGGCGUUCGCUAAUGUAUUCGGAGAACUACAAAAAAUGAAAAGAAGAGCCAUGUUUUAUCAGUUUUUUUUUACAGCUGCCUGAAAUAAACAAAGGUCGAGGUUGAAGAUACAAAAGGAAGAAAGACUUUGGUAGAAAAACAAAGAAUAAGAUAAGGCGCGUUGGCAUAAAUGCUUAAAGACGUCAUCACGCGCAAACCGCUCCGAGUCGGAGGCGCGUUGACAUGGGGUCGCCGCCGCUGGACGGCUCAUAAACUUACCUGGCUGGGAGGAUUUCGCGAUCACGAAGGCGGAAACUCCAUGGCGAGGCCUGACCAUUGCACUUCUGGUCGGGCUGACCUGUGUGGCAGUCUCGAGUUGAGAUUCGCCAACAGCUUAAUUUUUGCGUGUGGGGUUGCGUUCGCGCGACCCCGGAAAGCUUUGAAAACUAGUUUGAGAAUAACAAAAACGGUGGACCUUUUUAUCAAGUUUGUUUUUAUUCUUUCUUCAAAUCCAUCUCAUUCAAUUUUAUUCUCAAAAAACUUACACGGGAAGUGCAAAAGGUCGAGGUAUUGGAAUUUAAUGAAACUUGGUAUAUAGGUACUUUAAGACACCCUGAUUCCAAUAAAAUUGAAAAAAAGUGCGCCUUUUUGGUUCUAGUCGAGUUAUGGCGCCUCAAAGUUUGCACGCAAAAAAUGCAUUCGAAGGGAGGAGGGAAUGUGUUGCGGCGGCUAAUUCUAGCUGCCAACAGGCGGCGUGGUUUAGUGGCUAGAGGCCUUGCGCUGUGGAACCUAUAAUGAAAGUUCGAAUCCUUUUUGGUGCAAUUUUUUUUGCCAAAUUUUUUCUUGGAAAAAAAGAUGGUGUUUUGAAGAUAUUGAAAAAAAAACCCUUCAAAUGUUGAAAUUCACUAUUUUAUGUCGUUUUAAGCAAGAUUUUUGACAAAAAAAAUUUUUUUUUUUCAUUGUUUUUUGUAGUCAGUGCACUUGGAAAAAGUUUAAUGAAUGAAAAGUUCAGAAUUAUACGCAAUAUGCAAUAAUAAUAUAGCUAUAUAUUUUUCCACCAAAAAUUUUUUUGAUGAAAAAUUCUUACUGUCUAUUGAAGUCCUUUGAGCCUGAAAAAGAUACAGGACGAAAACAUUUUUUGGUCGAAAAUUUUCCUUAAAACGACAUAAAAUGGUGAAUUUCAACAUUUUGAGCGUUUUUUUCGAUCCAUCUGUAAAGCUUCAUCAUUUUUUCCAAGAAAAAAAUUUGCAAAAAUAAAUUGCACCAAAAAGGAUUCGAACCUUCAUCAUAGGUUCCACAGCGCAAGGCCGCUAGCCACUACACCACGCCGCCUGCUAGCAGCUUGAGUUAGCCGCCGCAAGACAUUCCCUCCUCCCUUCCAAUGCAUUUUUUGCGUGCAAACUUUGAGGCGCCAUAACUCGACUAGAACCAAAAAGGCGCACUUUUUUUUCAACUUUUUUGAAUUAAGGAUGUCCUAAAGUAUCUAUAUACCAAGUUUCAUUAAAUUCUAAUACCUCGACCUUUUGCACUUCCCGUGUUAGACUAUAUUAGAAAUGGAAGGCUGAUGUUAAUUUUUUUUUUCUACAUACAAUUUCCACAACUUUUUCUUCAUUCACAUAACAAAAUAUAAAUUUGUCGCAGUAGAAUCCCUGAGAGUCCGGUAAUAACAGGUUGAAGGAUCCUUCGAAAAAAAAAGUUUUCCUUUGACAAUGCGUUCAUUGAGUGUUAACAUCAUAGCUUAAAGAAACUCGGCAAAUUUCUACACCUGGAAGUCCUCCUGCUACCGUAUCCCGAUCAACGGCGGCCAUGCUCUGGACCUCGAAGGCGGCAAGGAAAUGUGGACCGGCUUCUUCUCGAGCGCUCACAUUGCUACCGAAUACAAACCAUUGCUCAACAUAGACGGUUGGUUUCCGUUUUAGAUCUUCGAAAACAUUUGUAUGAAAGAAGGAGCCCAGCUUUUCGCCGUUUUUCUUAUCUUCAAAGAAACAUUUAGUGGCUCACACUGCGUUCUACAAAGCCCGCAUGACGGUGCUGCAGUUCAUGUGCGACAUUUUGAACGAAAGAUCCGGCCGCAGCUCGUACACGGCUUCUCCUCAUAACAACGGCUCGCCUAGAAACGCUGGAGGUAACCUUUCAAAUAAAUUUUUAAGAUAAAGUUUUUCCCAGGGUACCAGUCUCGACCUCGUCAACCGUUUGGCUAUCGCGGAGGUCCUCCUCGUAGCGCCGGAAGUGGAGGCGGCGAUGACUACGGCAAUGCUGGGCCUUGCUUCACUGUAAGAUUUGCAAUGAUAAAAAAAACGGCUGUGAAUUCCAGCUUGAUUCUCUCACACGUGAAACGCAACUUUCCAACUUUGAAUCCCGCACAUUCGCUGAUGCUAUUCGUGGAAUGAAGGUAUUAAACUCAUAUGAAAUGUUUGAAAACUCUUGACGAGGGGCUUGUAAGUCAAAUCCACGGUAGUAAAUCACGCCAUUGCAAAACGCUUGUAGCUUUACGGUGAAGCAAAUUCUGCAAAUACGGGCUUCUGUAUUCGAUUUUUACUUCUCUUACUAAUUUGUGCCGUUUGGGGUUGACGCUUCAAUUGGAAUAAUUUUUUUUUACUUCUAAAACUUCAGAUUCGUGCCACACAUCGGCCAAAUGCCAUUCGCGUUUACAAGGUCAACAGCCUCCAACUUCCCGCUGACCAGCUCAUGUUCGUAUUUACCAAAACAAAUCAAAUAAUUCGAGUGUGCGUGGUGCAGGUUCCAAGGAGUGGCGGACGACGGCCGUGAAGUUCUCUGCUCUGUCGCUGACUACUUUUCAGAACGCUAUGGAGUGAGAUUUUCGAACGUUUUCUCUUUUAGUAUAAUUCAAAUGUUUACAGCCUCUGCGCUAUCCGAAGCUGCCUUGCCUGCAUGUCGGACCGCCCAACCGCAACAUCUAUCUGCCAAUGGAGCACUGUCUCAUUGACUCGCCGCAGAAAUACAAUAAGAAGAUGACGGAGAAGCAGACGAGCGCCAUCAUCAAGGUUGGUCUAUCUUCCUCUUGUCGUUUUUUGAAUGAAGAAAGCUGCACUUUUUAUACUUUUUUUUUUCUUGUCGGAGCUCCGAAAAAAAUAAAUGAAGACAACAGUUAAUUAAUUCUUAACUUUUGUCUGUUCUUUUAUCUACACCGACAUCCUUUCUUUGCGGUUUUUAUUGCUUGAAAAAAUUUCUCGAUGAAAAGUUGAUGAAAAUCAAGCAAUUUCAAAAUAAAAAAUACAGAAGAAAAAGCACUUAUUUCGUUCUAAUAAGAGAUCGCUUCUAGGCUGCUGCGGUGGACGCAACUCAACGGGAAGAACGAAUCAAGGCUCUGGCCGCCCAGGCUGCCUUCGACGUCGAUCCUUUCUUGAAAGAGUUUGGAGUCGCCGUCUCGCCUUCUAUGGUCGAAACGACCGCCCGUGUUAUCCAGCCGCCGCCUAUCAUGUUCGGUGGGAACAACCGCUCCGUGGUAGGUGGACAGCUCUUUGAAAGCACCCUUGGAUGGGUUUUGCAGAACCCUGUGGUCUUCCCCAAAGACGGCUCCUGGUCGAUGGACAACCAGACGCUGUACAUUCCUGCCGCUUGCCGCUCCUACUCGAUGAUCGCUCUGGUAAACCCUCGCGACCAGAGCCAGCUGCAGCAGUUCUGCUCGGCGCUGCACAUGAAGGCCACGCAGAUGGGCAUGGCGUUCCCUCGCUGGCCAGAUCUUGUCAAGUACGGCCGGGGUCGCGAAGAGGUCUCGCGUCUGUACACAGAGAUCGCCGAGGAGUACCGUCUGACGAACACGGUCUGCGACUGCGUCAUCGUCGUUCUUCCUGGAAAGAACUCUGACAUUUACAGUGAGUCCGAAGUACAAAACCUUGCUUCAAACAGUAUUCACGGAAAAAAGAUCGGAUCCAGGAGUUUCUAUGUACCGCCAAUGUUUUGUCACCGCACAGAUUAAUUCCAUUUCAGUGACGGUGAAGGAGCAGUCGGACAUUGUCCACGGCAUCAUGUCGCAGUGCGUCCUCAUGAAGAACGUCUCCAGACCCACGCCUGCCACCUGCGCCAACAUCGUUCUGAAACUGAACAUGAAGCUGGGCGGGAUCAACAGCCGCAUCGUGGCCGACCAGAUCACCACCAAGUACCUCGUGGACCAGCCAACGAUGGUCGUCGGUAUCGACGUGACCCAUCCGACGCAGGCCGAACUCCGCAUGAACAUGCCUUCCGUGGCGGCCAUCGUCGCCAACGUCGAUCUCCUGCCUCAGUCUUACGGCGCCAAUGUCAAGGUGCAGAAGAAGUGCCGCGAAUCGGUCGUUUACCUGCUCGACGCCAUCCGCGAGCGCAUCAUCACCUUCUACAGGUCAGAUCUUUUUCGCCCUGCCCUGAAGGAACAAAGAGAACGUGGUCCUCCUCUCAACAGUCUCGCUGAGAUAAAACCUUCAGAAAAUGAGUAGUGAUUAAUAGAUAAGAGAGCUCAUUCUACUCGCAUGCUGAGCAAGGUAACCCCGCCGUGCUAACACGGGGUCUCCGCGGGUGCCCCCGUAUUAAACCCGUAUAAGCCCAGCUGAUAGAACUUUUGGCACUUUUUAGCCCAACUGAGACCCCGCUUUAGCCCAGCUGGGUUACCUAUUUUUCUUACACCCGUUGUUCCCCCGUUUUAGCCCAACUGAGACUAAAAUAACCUCAGAAACACGGGUUUAAUACGGGUACACCCGUUGAGACACCUGCUCAGCAUGCGAGUAUUCGAAAAUUUAGCAAUUUUUGAAAGCUCUAAUCAUAAAUGAAGUUUCUGUAAACAUUUUUAGAAAUUGUAGAACAAAAAAUUCGGAUACGCAAGUCUUGAAAAGUGGAAAACUAAUUAUUCAGGAAAUCUUCACAUUUUCUUUGAAAUCAGACUUUUUUUAGAUUUUUUUAAAAGAAUUUUUCAAGUUCGAUUAGAGUGGUAAAGAAGUAUUCUAAAAAGAAAUGAGUUAUUUUAAUUUAAAUGUGUGCUUAUCUUCGACUUCACGUUCCUAACUUUUCUUGUGCUCUCAUUUAUUUACCGUUCUUUGUGUAAGGAGUCCAUUCCAGACACACGAAACAAAAGCCGGCGCGCAUCAUUGUCUACCGUGACGGUGUCUCUGAAGGACAGUUCGCCGAAGUGCUCCGAGAGGAGAUACAGAGCAUUCGGACUGCUUGUCUGGCCAUUUCCGACGACUUCCGCCCUCCCAUCACCUACAUCGUCGUUCAGAAGCGUCACCACGCCCGUAUGUUCUGCAAGUUCCAGUCGGACAUGGUUGGCCGCGCCAAGAACGUCCCUCCCGGCACGACGGCAUGACUUAAAGCUGAAGAAGAGUUGACGGCUUUGACAUGUUCAGGUGGACACCGGAAUCGUCUCUCCGGAAGGCUUCGACUUCUACCUUUGCUCUCACUACGGCGUCCAAGGAACCUCGCGUCCGGCGCGGUAUCAUGUGCUCCUCGACGAGUGCAAGUUCACGGCCGACGAGAUCCAGAACAUCACCUACGGGUAGCGAAAGCGUUUGUUGCUGAUCCAAGAUGUUUCACCUCAGAAUGUGUCACACCUAUGGCCGUUGCGCUCGCAGUGUCUCCAUUCCGACUCCUGUCUACUACGCCGAUUUGGUCGCCACGCGUGCUCGUUGCCACAUCAAACGCAAGCUGUUAGUUUUGGUUUCAAAAGAAAGUUUCCAGAGAAAAAAACUGUAUUCAAUUGUGUUUUAAACAUGUUAAUUCGGUAAUUCAAGCAUACAACAUUUUCGGUUAGGAAAUGUCUAUUGACUUUUCUUUUUGCAGCCAAGAAUACAAUUUUUACUAGAACUAGUACGAGUAUUCGAGCAUAGCUUUUUGAACCUAAUUUUGAUAACUCAAUGAGCUUAUUGAUGUAUCGAUAAUUAAUUUUUGAAGAUUCUGAUCUGUUCGCUGCUUGAUGAAAUGUAUGUUGAAAAUUCCAAAAACAUUUUCGAAAACAUUUUUACUGAACCUUAAUGAGUUCAGGGGCCUCGUCGAUUCUUCGGAGUGCGACGCCAAUUCGAUGACGUCAUCGCUCGCCUCGAUGAUGCAAAUUGGCAAACCGCAAAAGAAGCGUCACAACGAGGAAGGUUUUUCUUUCCUUUCUAGGUUCCCCUGGAAGGAAAAAGUGGUUCAGAGUACCUGCCGAUGGGAGACGCGAACACGGACCAGGCCCUGCAGGACUGCGUCUCGGUGGCCGCCGACUUCAAGAGCCGCAUGUACUUCAUCUGA